CGAAUAUGAGGAAGUGGACAACUGGGAUUGCAUCCAAAAAAACAAAAAACAAACAGCAGAAGGCAGUGCUGGACACGCCCCCAUGCUGCGCCUGGUGGUGUUGCAUGUGCCCAAGUGCAGGCAGGCAGUUUUGAAAGCAGUUCCUGAUAGAGACUACUGUUCCGAUUCUACACUGGCAGACAACGAGAGAGGGAGUAAACGAGGGAGAGGGGAGAGUGAGCGAGAGAGAGACAGAGGGAGAGAGAGAGAGCUUUCUCCCCGUGCGCCGGGUCCACAUUUGCACGAUGGCAUCAGAUCCAGGGCUGCUGCCCCUCUUAGUGUGGACUAUAUCAAUGCAGGUCCUGGGCUCCAGAGGAACGUCUAACAAUGAAGUGAAUCUCCUGGACACAACCAAAAUAUCAGGAGACUGGGGCUGGCUCACAUAUCCUUCACAUGGGUGGGAUGCGAUCAAUGAAAUGGACGAGUAUUUCAGCCCCAUCCACACGUACCAGGUGUGCAACGUUAUGAGCCCGAGUCAGAACAACUGGCUCCGGACCAACUGGAUCCAGCGAGACGGCGCGCGGCGCAUUUACAUCGAGAUGAAGUUCACGCUGCGAGACUGCAACAGCAUGCCAGGCGUGCUCGGUACCUGCAAGGAGACCUUUAACCUCUACUACUACGAGACCGACCGCAACGUUGGCACCAGCAUCUGGGAGAGUCAGUUUUCCAAGAUCGACACCAUCGCAGCCGACGAGAGUUUCACUAACGUGGACCUGGGGGUGAGGAGACUCAAGCUCAACACUGAGAUCCGCGGCGUCGGGCCGCUCAGCAAACGCGGCUUCUACUUGGCCUUCCAGGAUAUAGGAGCCUGCAUCGCUGUUGUGUCCGUCCGAGUCUAUUACAAACGCUGCGCGGGAAUGGCUCGCAACCUGGCCGUCUUCACGGACGUGGUCACGGGGGCCGACUCGUCCUCGCUGGUGGAGGUCAGAGGUCAGUGUGUGGACCACGCUGAGGAGAGGGACACUCCUAAGAUGUACUGCAGCGCUGAGGGCGAGUGGCUCGUUCCUAUUGGACGAUGUGUGUGCAGCGCCGGCUUUGAGGAGCAUAGAGACAACUGCAUUGCAUGUGAGGUGGGUUUCUACAAGCCCGUGGCAGGAGAUCAGCUCUGUGGGAAAUGUCCACUCCACAGUCACUCUGAGACACGAGCGGCUCUAACCUGCCCCUGUGAUGCCAACUUCUAUCGUUCCUCUACAGAUACCUCUGCUUCUCCCUGCACAAGACCUCCGUCAGCUCCGGUAAACAUCAUCUCAUAUGUGAACGGCACCUCGGUCAGUCUGGAGUGGGGUUCACCUCUGGAUACAGGAGGCCGCAGUGACGUCAUCUAUGACGUCCUUUGCCAGAAGUGUGACAAAGAUGGGGCGCAGUGUGAGGACUGUCGGGUGGGUGCCGGAGGGGGUAACGGGGUGGGGAACAGCAAUGGGGGUGUUGCAGACGCCAAUGGAGCUGUUAGCGGGACAGUUGGAGGAGGAGGAGGAAUCAUGAAUAGAGUGGUGGUGUCCCGGACAGGAGUGGCCCUGGUGCGCUUUAUCCCUCAGCAGACAGGACUUACAGAACCAUGGGUGACGGUGCUGAAUCUCGCCGCUCACAGUAAUUACACCUUCCGUAUUGUUGCUCUAAAUGGAGUCACGCACCUGAGCAAUGAGCUGCCACAGUCUGUGAUGGUCAAUAUCACCACAAACCAGGCAGCUCCGUCUCAAGUGAUGGCCAUCCGACAAGAAAAUGCCAGUCAGAACAGCGUCACUCUUUUCUGGCACGAACCGGCGCAGCCCAAUGGAGUCAUAUUAGAAUAUGACAUUAAAUAUUAUGAAAAGGACAAUGAACAGCAAAGUUAUGCUACGCUGAAGUCAAAGAACACUACCACUAAAGUGUCAGGUCUGAAGCCCGGCACGAGCUACAUCUUCCAGAUUCGGGCCAGAACCUCGGCUGGCUGUGGGCGAUUCAGCCAGUCAGUGGAGAUACAGACCGGCAAAGCAACUCCCCUGCAAAAUACCAACAUGACGAUUGUCUGGAUCUGCAUGGCUUCAGUAACAGGCCUGGUGACAUUUCUGGCUAUUGUCAUCUGCAGAAAACGACGUUGUGGGUACAGCAAAGCUUUCCAGGACUCAGACGAGGAGAAAAUGCACUACCAAAAUGGCCAUGUAUCAUUUCCAGAAGCCAGAUUUUAUAUUGAUCCCCACACAUAUGAGGACCCCUGCCAGGCUGUCCACGAAUUUGCCAGAGAAAUUGAAGCGUCCAGGAUCAAAAUAGAGAAAAUCAUCGGUUCAGGAGAGUUUGGGGAAGUGUGUUAUGGCCGGAUGAAGCUCCCGGGGAAACGUGAUAUCCCGGUGGCUCUGAAGACUCUUAAAGCUGGCUACACCGAGAAACAGAGGAGAGAUUUCCUGGGAGAAGCCAGCAUCAUGGCACAGUUCGAUCACCCCAACGUCAUCCACCUGGAGGGAGUUGUUACCCGCAGCAAACCGGUAAUGAUCAUCACAGAGUACAUGGAGAACGGCUCUUUGGACUCUUUCCUGAGGAGACAUGACGGUCAGUUCACCAUCAUUCAGCUGGUGGGGAUUCUGCGUGGCAUAGCAGCUGGCAUGACUUACUUGGCUGAUCUGGGGUAUGUCCACCGGGACCUGGCUGCCAGGAAUGUUCUGGUCAACAGUAAUCUGGUGUGCAAGAUUUCAGACUUCGGUCUGUCACGCGUGCUGGAGGACGACCCUGACGCAGCCUACACCACCAGCGGAGGGAAGAUCCCGAUUCGCUGGACGGCGCCGGAGGCCAUCACAUAUCGGAAGUUCUCCUCCUCCAGUGACGUAUGGAGUUAUGGAGUGGUGAUGUGGGAAGUGAUGUCAUAUGGAGAACGGCCAUAUUGGAACUUGACCAACAGAGAUGUGAUCAAGUCCGUAGAGGAGGGCUACCGGCUCCCGGUCCCCAUGGGCUGCCCCGGUGCCCUCCACACCCUAAUGCUGGACUGCUGGCAGAAAGACCGCAACGAAAGGCCCAGAUUCUGCCAGAUCAUCACGGUCCUGGACAAGCUGAUCCGGAACCCCGAGAACCUCAAGUCAAUGGGCACAUUGUGCAGACUAAACAGUCCUUUGAUGAACAGAAGUAUUCCUGAUUUCACCAGCUGUAGAUCUGUGGACGAGUGGUUGGACACCAUUAAGAUGGGCCGUUAUAAGGACCACUUUGCCGCAGGAGGGUAUCUGACAGUAGGACAUGUGAUGAGCAUGAAACAACAUGACAUCCAGAGGUUGGGAGUCACAUUAAUGGGCCAUCAGAAGAAGAUCAUGACCAGCGUCCAGAUGAUGAGAGCCCAGGCACUGAACCAGAGCGUGCCGUCGGUACACAUAUAAUCACGGACCUCGCCAGAACACAAGUACAUAUUGAUCUGAUACAUGUUUGGGUACUUCAAACGACUGUCCCUUCCUAAACGAAAGCUGACAUGGACUAUUGUUACUGGGAUAAGGAUGGAGUUUUUCUUCUUCGGCGGGACUUUCUGCAAUUAUCCCUUUUCUCUUUUACUUUCUUUUGUAAAUGUUUGGACUGCCUUAAAUGACACAUUAUUUAAAUAUUGUUGUACAUGGAUAAAGAUUUUAUGAAUUAUAGAGUCAUGAAUAUAUGUAAAGAGUGGACCUAGUCAUGAAUAUUAAAAAGAUGGAAAUGAAUAUGCAGUGUACGAGUUUGGUCACACCCACCGCAGCAGCACAACGGCAUGGAUGAAACUUCACGAGUGCCUCAAGUGCUGAGACAUGACGCUGAAUAAAAGACGAAACAAUGAGACGCCACAGGAGAAUGCGUGUUAAGCUACAAGCAUAUAAUCUACGACGAACCGAGACCCUCAAGAGGAAACAUUUGGGCUCCUGACAAAAGCUGCAGAGCGCACAAGAAUACGGACAAAUGCUGAAUUAGUCUCUGUUUUGUCUCUGUGGUCAUAAAAAGGGAAAAAGGCAAUUAUGUAUGUCAUGUGUUUGAUUAAACACUCUGAAACUCAACCUGCUGUUAUUUAUUGCGUGCAGAACGGCGCCGGAUCCCUCUGGAAAUGGGAGGAAUAAAUAUGUGUAAAUGUUGGUCUGCAGAAAACAGAACAUUUUUAACUUUUCCUUACUCUUGAAAUAUGUCUGAAAUGGAAUCUGUGCCGCUGGAUUCAGAGUUCAGGCCAGUUUUAAAUUAUUUAUUGGUACCUUAAGAAAAUCAUUGAGUAUUCUCAGUGUUUGGGCUGUUUUACGUCAAAUAAAUCAUUGGCUUUGCUAAA